AUUAGGAAGAAGCAGCAAGAAGUAGUGGGCUUUUUGGAAGCUAAUAAGAUCGACUUUAAGGAAUUAGACAUUGCUGGAGAUGAAGACAAUAGGAAGUGGAUGAGGGAGAAUGUUCCUGGAGAGAAAAAACCUCAAAACGGAAUCCCUUUGCCCCCCCAGAUCUUCAACGAAGAGCAGUAUUGUGGGGAUUUUGACUCUUUCUUCUCUGCAAAAGAAGAGAAUAUUAUUUAUUCAUUUCUGGGUUUAGCUCCCCCUCCAGGCUCCAAGGUGACAAAAUCAUCCGAGGAAGCAUCUUCCCUUCCCAAUGGCGACGUAGUGGGAGAGGUACGGGGCAGCACAGAGGGAACAGAGAAGACUGAAGAGAGUGGAGAAAAUGAGGCACAAAAAGAGGACAAUGAAGAUGCGGGCAAUCUCGCUGAAUCUCAAGAGAAGAAUACGGAAGAGAUAACCGAGGAGGGAGCAGCAGGGGACGCAGAGGAAGAGGAAGCUGAGAAAGGAGAAGAGGCAGGAGAAGAGGAGGAAGAGUCCUAGGCCUUUUCGUGCUUUAUUUCUUCCACAUUUCCAGAAAACCCAAGCCACGAAGCAGUAUUUCAACUGUCUGCCCACAAACCAAACUCACCAAAAUGCUUUGGUGUGAAGCUAGCCCACCUCUCUCGGUACACCCGGGUUCACUGAGGAAUUGUACCAUUUGACAUGGUUAGAUGUGCACGGAUAUGUCUACCCGAUCUUAGCAACGUGAAAUUCUAUGUGAAGACAACUCAUGCAUACCUUCAUGUGCCUGACGUCCUUGGCCUUUGCUUAAUUUUUUUUUUUUUGCUCUGCAUGAAUAGAUCUUACUAAUACCCUGAAAAAAAAAACGAUUUUGAAAAAUGAUUUCGAAAUAUAGAACUUCUCUUUGUGAUGUAAUAAAAGUAUUUCUUCAUAUGUGCCUUCUGCUACUUGUCUCAGAAUUAGCUGAAAAUAAAGAGCUUUGAAAAUAAAGAGCUUUCCAGAAAACAAUCAUACAAAUAAAGAUUAAUGGCAGAUCUCUU